AUACAGAUUAUCACUUAGGUCUAGUCUUAGUCCUUCCCUUCUCUUCUGUCCACUUUUAGUCUAAGACUCUUAUCCUGUCUUUUCCCCUUAAGGUUUUCAGAUACUAUCAUGAAGUGAAAACUCCAGUUUCUCACUUUGAAUUCAGAAGAGCAUCAACUACAUUCUUAUUCAGAUAUUUAGAACUUUUCUCGUGAGACAUCAACACUCCUCUCUAUGGCAGAAGAGGAUGAGUUGUACUAAAAGUGCAGAAACAUUCUCAGUGCUGAAACUUUUGUGCUGGAGAAAUGUCUUCAGAGUCAGAAAAGGAUAAAGAGAGGCUGGUGCAAGCUGCCAAAACAUUUUUCUUUCACAUGCAAGAUCUUGUUGCCUUCACUAACACAUUUAUAGAAUCGUUUAACAGCACUAUGAAUGCCCAGAUCCACUCCCUGACUGUGAAGGAAGAUGCUAACGUUAAGGAUGUCUUUGAACAACUAUUCACAGUCUUUAAGGAGAUACAGUGUGUCCUGGAGGCAAAGUACGACCAGAUGCAAAAGGAACCUUUAUGUUCCAAGAUUGCAACAGCGAUUUGCUCUAUGGUUGAGAAGAGAGCCAAUGUCAAGGAGCUGCAGCAGUCAGCUAGAGAAAUGUUCAAGAAUGUUCAGACACCAGUUAUCGUUGCUGCACUGAAUAGCAGUAACAUCCUUGGCGCUUUGGAAUCUUCUCUUUCACUCUUGAUGACAUGUCCUAUCAUGAAACUUCAGUUAAGUGACCUCUAUCAAAAAGACACCGAAGACCAAUCAGAGGCCAACACCUCAGAGAAAAACCAAAGUCCAGGUCCAUCCAAAAUCGGUACAGCAGACAUCUUGAAAAAAUUGCAGGAUGUGUUAAAAGCUGAACAUUUCAAGAAUACCAUGGAGUCAGUUGUAAAUCAGUUGGAGCAAAUUGUCAGAACUCUGGCACCAAUCUUAGAGAUCCUCCAAAAAGCCAUAAAUAUUAUGGAAUCCAAGAUUCCUGUGCCCAAGAAAACCAAUGACCAGUAGGAAUGCAAGAGGGGCUCAUUUCUGUCAGAACAUCAGUUCAUGUCCUGAGAAUUUUGAGAGCAUGUUCUAAGACCUUUGCUGCCAGAAAGGUGUUAUAUUAGGAUGUAAGUGCAAAAAGUAGUCACCUGGAAGACCAUUUACCUCAAGUUUUGUUUUAUUCAAAUAAAACUAAUCAAAGAAAGCCUGCUGUCAUGGCAGUUACUAAAAAUAACAUGUUGUUCAGAAAAUCAAGGUAGUGUAUUACAUUUGGGGAUGU